AUACCAAGUUUCAAAUUACUUGUAUUACACUAUUAAUUAGCACCAAAUGGAAAACAUAUUGUUGUAUUCAUUAACGAUUUUUGUAACGAUUAUGGCAGUACAAGCCCAACUAAAAAAUGGGUUUUACUCUUUUUCAUGCCCAAAGGCAGAAGCCACAGUAAGAUCCACCGUUGAAUCCUACUUCAAUAAAGAUCCUACAAUUGCUCCUGGCCUGCUCAGGCUUCAUUUCCAUGAUUGCUUUGUCCAGGGCUGCGAUGGUUCAGUUUUGAUUGAAGGCUCUUCUGCAGAGAGGAAUGCAUUUCCCAACGUUGGUGUAAGAGGUUUUGAAGUGAUUGAGGAUGCAAAAUCACAACUCGAGGCCAUAUGUCCUGGUGUUGUCUCGUGUGCUGACAUACUAGCAUUGGCAGCACGUGAUGCUGUCGACUUGAGUGAUGGUCCAAAUUGGUCAGUACCUACUGGAAGAAGAGAUGGGAGGAUUUCUUUGUCAUCUCAAGCCUCAAACUUGCCUUCUCCACUUGACUCUAAUUCUGUCCAAAGGCAAAAGUUUUCUGACAAAGGCCUCGAUGAUCACGACCUUGUCACCCUUGUUGGGGCACAUACUAUAGGCCAGACAGAGUGCAGAUUCUUCAGUUACCGUUUGUAUAAUUUCACCACCACUGGCAAUUCAGAUCCAACUAUAAACCAAGCUUUUUUGGCUCAACUUCAAGCACUUUGUCCCAAUAAAGGAAAUGGCUUAAGAAGGGUGUCUUUGGACAAAGAUAGUCCAGCAAAAUUUGAUGUUAGUUUCUUCAAAAAUGUGCGUGAUGGCAAUGCGGUUCUAGAGUCAGACCAGAGGCUGUGGGGUGACGCCACUAUGCGAAGUGUGGUGCAAAGUUAUGCAGGAAAUAUAAGAGGGUUAUUGGGGUUUAGAUUUGAUUAUGAGUUUCCGAAGGCUAUGAUUAAAUUGAGUAGUGUAGAGGUAAAGACCGGUACACAAGGAGAGAUUAGAAAGGUGUGCUCAAAAUUCAAUUGAUAUAUUAAAGGUGUGUUUAGGGAAAAAAAUUUCUAAAGAUACUUUUAGAAGAAAAGAAUAGGAAAAAAAAUUGUAAUGUUUCUUCACGUGUCAAAACUAGCUUAUGCACAGGAUUAAAAAUAAAAUCUUAAGAAAACUAAUAAGAUCUUAUACAAAUUAAGUUAUGCAUAAGUGAAUUUUAAGAUAAGAAGAAACUUAAUUUUUCUUAUGAUUUUUCUUUCUUAAAAGUAAUUUUAGAGAAGCAUUAAGUAGUGGCUUACUAAUAUAAUGGAACUUGAUAUAUUAGUGGGACUGCGGCUUGUAUAAUUCAGUGGCAAUGUGUACGUGGGUGCUUUAGUUUUCCAGCUUUUGGAUUUUAUAAUAAAGUUACCAAGAUUUUAUUCAUUAUCUUCUUAAUUUUCAGAGAUUUUGAGAGCUUUACAAUUAGUGUGUCAUAUUAGUGUUACUAGUGGGACUGUGGCUUGUAUAAUUCAGUGGCAAUAUGUA